AUGCCUAUGCAGAUGAUGAUGGCGGGCCACGUGCUGUGCUUACUGCCUUUCAUCCUGUACUGCUUCUGUGGAUGCGUGUUGGCUAAUGUACCAAACCCGUAUUCUUUCAUGACUGGUGAUGGUGUUGCUGGUAUGCCUGGUGGGUUCCAUCAAGCUGGCAUGCCUGGUGGUGGUGUUCAUCCUAAUAAUGUAGAGCUCCAACCUGCUGGUAUUCCUGGACCUGCUGUUCCUGGCAGACUUCCUGUUAAUUCUCCUGUUGGUGUUCCUAAGGGUGUUCAACAAAGGCCUUAUACGGACCCUGCGGUUCCACACGGUCCUUGUGGUACUCCUGGUGCGCCUGGUGCUAUCCCUGGCAGUGCUGCAGGUACGAAUACUUGUUCUGCUGGUAUUCCUGGUUCUCACCAUGUUGUACCUUCACCU